AUGAAUAUCCUUCUCCUGUCCGCUUUGUGCCUCUGUGGGCUGAUCACACUGGCUGGCAGUGUCACAGUCCAGGAUGGAGACUUCUCCUACCCCCUGGAGUCUGUGAAGAAACUCAAGGACCUGCAGCAGAGCGGGAUGAGGAGCCGCUCGGCCCAGCACUAUGGGGUCCAUUUGUGCGCCCACCCGGAUCUUCCCAAGGACUUGAAACCCAUCUGCGACCGCCCAGAUGCAGCCCAGGCUUUCCAGAGGCUGGGAGCCAUCGCUGAGGACUCGCACACGUGUGAGAUCUGCGCCUUCGCUGCCUGUGCGGGCUGUUAG